UCGUCAUACACGGUAACAGCCUUUUCCUUAACUUGAUCCCAACUCAACCCCCCUACGGCACUCUUCUCCGGCGAAACAUUACCGGAAUCAACAAUUCCACAUCCAAAUUCUCCCGUACUCAUAAACCAUGAGACCUCCACUCAGAAACCCGAUCAACGUCAACGCUAUGACUCGUAAGAUCGAUGUCGACGAUCGAAUUCCACUUCGCAACUAUUACCGAAUCGCCGAUAAUCUCCUCAAGCAGGCAAAUAUAUAUCGAGAGGAAAAGAAUAUCAUAGAUUUGUAUGUUAUUCUUCUAAGAUAUUCAAGUUUGGUACUGGAUACAAUAAAAUUUCAUCGCGACUACAAUGCUUUAUGUUCAAAGGAACGGGCAUAUUGCAAGAAGCAAUUACUCGUGGUGGUAGCUGAGUUGGAAUCUUUGAAACCAGAAUUUUUACGUCAAGUGGAUAGAUUAAACAGAGGUCACACCAGAAGUGAAAAUGAUCAACCAAAUGGUCAAUUACCUGCUGUGAAUAACAGAGUUACUUUUGACUCCCGUAACAAGCAGUACCAAAACAUACAAAAUCGGCUGUCUUGGAACCAGAACUCUGGGAUUACUCAAAAUAAACAAUCUAGUUCCAUUGACAUGCAGUUCCAAAAGCUAUCUCUGUUGCCACCUCCCAGACAAGAAACUUUAUCGAGACAUUCUCUUCUAGGUCCCAAUGGUCUUCGCGGACAAUGGUCAAACCCUAGUAUACAGACAAAGGUGCAAUAUCCAGCAUAUACUGACUUAAACUCAAGUGAUAAUCUGAGCUUAUUUCAGACUGUGCAAACUGACAACACUGGUGUCAAAGAUAGCAACACUGGAGUGGAUACAUCUACAAUGGAUUCAGUGUUAUCUUUAGAUGACGGUAGAUGGUCCCGUCUUACUGAGGAUCAGUUUGACGAUGAUCUUUUUCUUUCCGGAAAUAUCAGACAACCUUCUCCCCCUCCCGUGCUUGCGCGACUGCAGCCGGAACAUUCUCACAUACCUCCAUCACAAGUUGCUGAUCCAAGACCGGGACCCGCCAACUCAUUUCAAGAUGAUUCACCUACUUCUAAUACAUACCACCAUUUACAUAUCCCUGUAAAAAUGAUGCAAGAUUUUUUGAGAGUGGCACAUGAAAAUACUAAACGAAACUUAGAGACAUGCGGUGUUCUUGCUGGUUCUUUGAAAAACAGGAAUUUUCAAAUUACCACACUUAUCAUACCUAAGCAGGAGUCAACAUCUGAUUCGUGUCAGACAUUAAACGAAGAAGAUAUAUUUGAGGUUCAGGACAAGCGUUCUCUUUUCCCUUUAGGAUGGAUUCACACUCAUCCAUCACAAAGCUGUUUCAUGUCAUCAGUCGAUCUGCACACACAUUACUCAUAUCAGAUUAUGCUUCCAGAAGCAAUCGCAAUUGUGAUGGCCCCUACUGAUGAAUCCAGCCCACAUGGUAUUUUUCACCUUUCUGAUCCUGCUGGAGUGAAUUUAAUACGGAAGUGUGAUCAACGUGGCUUUCAUCCUCACGAGGAGCCAGAUGACGGUAGCCCGAUAUACGAACAUUGUUCUCACGUUUAUUUGAACGAAACUUUGAAGUUUGAUGUUGUCGAUCUCCGGUGAACUUCAGUCUCUUUGCUUCUGUGAAUAUAACAUGAUGGAAAUUCAGUAGAUACAUACAGGUUGUGAAGACUUAAGCGGUAAACAACGUAUCAUAUAUGUUAGUUUAUGGCGUCGUGCUUAUAUGUAAUGAAUAUAUUGGUUGCUGGUUUGUCAUCAUUUUUGUUGCAUUAUGUUACUAUUCUGAGAAAGAUAUUUAUGCUUCUUAUUAAACCUAUGCUUAAACUCA